AAACCUCUGUUUUUAAUGCUGAUGAAGCAAUGAUUGUGGGGUGUACUGCGUGAACCUGUCUGCUAUUCCUGUCAUCUCCAUGGCUUACCAUCACCCGCUCUUGAAGAGCCGCUCCUCUUCGAAUGCUGUCUGGGAUGGAGUACUGUCCCUUCUUGAAGACUACAAGUCCUUGAUAGUUCCCGUUGCUGCAAACAUCGCAACCAGCUACAAUGUUUGCAACGUUGGCUAUGUCAUGCAAAUCUUCCGUCUUGAACAUCCUGUUCCUCGCUGGGCAGCACCUGCUGUCGCUUCCUCUUGUCUCUGCGGAGCUGUGAUUGGGCAGCUCGUGCUCGGUUGGCUGGGCGAUCGUUUCGGAAGGAGACCUGCGCUGAUAGCAACGUUGCUCUUGAUUAUAUUUGGAGCCGGAGGAGGGGCCAUCUUUACGCAAGGAUACGGGAAUUACAUCUGGCGCAGUCUCGUGAUAUGGAGGUUUAUCCUUGGCGUGGGGAUAGGAGGGACCUAUCCCCUGACCGCGGUGUAUGCCGGGGAGAUGCAGGACGAGAGGAGCAUGGGGAGGACUCGACGAGUUGCGUUGUCCAUCUCCAUCCAGAUCAUCGGCAACAUCCUUGCUCCCGUCCUCAUGUUCAUCGUCCUCCUCUUUUUGGGUUCGGAGAACGUCACGCUCAACCAGACUUCGACGGAGGUGGCAUGGAGGUUUCUCCUAGGGGCGGGUGCCGUCCCUGCUUUAGUGGCGCUGCGCGAGAUCAUGUACUCGCAGGAGAGCAGCGAGUUCCUGAGCAUCCGGGCGACAGGAUUCAGAAGCAGGCUGUCGGACGUCAUGAGGACGCUCUCAUCGGACGCGAAGAUCCGUCAGCGAUUCAUUGGGGCGGCAGGAGGCUGGAUGUGCUUCGACAUCUGCUUCUUCGGGGUAGCCAUCUUCCUCCCGCACAUCAUUCACGAUCUGAUCGACAAGGAGGACCAUGGCGAGGGCUUCCUGCUCCUCAACUCUGCUGUCUCCGCGCUUAUCAACUGCAUCGCCAUCCCUGCCGUCCUCCUCUCCAUGCGACUGGUGUCUGACGACGGGCUGGGGAGGAAGAACUUGCAGAUCGUUAGCUUCUUCCUCAUCAUGGUCUCAUAUGCGCUGCUCAUGUUCUUCUUUUCCUCCCUCCGGUCCAUUCAGGCGACUACGUCCGUCGUCUUCAUGUUCCUCAUCCUCUUCUUCUGCCUUAACUUCGGUGCUGGGAUGACUACCUACAUCCUGCCGCAGGAAUCAUUUCCCCCUGAGGUCCGGUCGAGCUUGAACGGCAUGGCAGCUGCAGCAGGGAAGAUCGGAGCUAUCGUGGGUACUUCAACAUUCGCGCCAAGCGCGAGGAUGUUAGGUAAGAGAAAGAGGACACUGAGGGGGGUUGCGGAGAUGCUGGAGCAACGGGUUGGUAGAGAUGUAGGGUAA